AUGAGUGGAAAGAUCAUCUUCUUCGAGGAGAGUAACUUCCAAGGCCGCUCUUUUGAGUGCGUCAGCGACUGCUCUGAGAUUGCCUCUCACUUGAGCCAAUGCAACUCCUGCAGGGUGGAGAGCGGGACAUUCAUAGUCUAUAACCAGCCCGACUUCAUGGGCCAGCAGUACCUCCUGACCAGGGGAGAAUAUCCCGAAUGCACGAAUACCUUUGGCUUCAACGACUGCAUUCAGUCCUGCCGCAUUGUCCCUGCGCACAAGGGACUUUUUAAUAUGAGGAUCUAUGAAAGACCAAACUUUGAAGGCCAGAUGCGCGAACUGACAGAUGACUGCAACUCCAUCCAGGAUAACUAUCACAUGUCAAGCAUGCAGUCCUGCAAGGUGAUGGAGGGCUACUGGUUGAUGUUUGAACAACCAAAUUAUGAGGGCCGGAUGUUUUUUCUGAAGCCAGGAGAGUACAGGGACUUCAAAGGAGUCGGCAGUAAUGACAUGAAAUUCAAUUCCCUCAGACGCAUCACAGAAUCUUAA